CCUGGGGGAGGUUUACUUGAUGGAUACUGAUCAACCCACACACUGCAGACCACAUAAUUUCUCCUCAUACAUGGCUUCCACCCAACUAUUAUGCUUGUUUGAUGUCUCCUCAGGACGUAUGCGGAUGGAGCAGAGUCGCGGCGUCUCCUGGAGCUGAUCCAACCAUCCCGUCUGAGGCGGUCGUUUUGUGGCCCCCGCCCCCUAGUGAGGUUUCUUGCACGGCGCACGGUGGAGAAACCAGACGGCCUUUCCCGCUCUGCGCCGUCGACCGGCAGAAAACAGCGUGCCAGUUGGAUCUGCGUUCUGCUGCUGCUGCGUCGCACCUCUCGAAGUGAGAAGACUCGCUCUGCCAAUGUGCGUCCCCAGCAUCGCAAACUUGGAUCGUCGCCUCUUUUCGCGGAAAGACUCAUCUCCACCUCUGAAAACCUUUUGUCACUGCUGACUAACGAUGUAUUGACAAAUUGUGUGACACUGUAUGGAUACUUUUUUUUAUCCCCUAACUGGCUUUUACUAAACUGUCAGACGUCAACUUCUCCCUUGCGGAUGAAGCUUUGCUUGCUCUGUCUAUGUGAAAGUGCGUCGGGCAUAACCGGAGUGCGCACACGUUUAAUUCAUCGCGGCGGGAGCAUGGGAUUUUAAACUACAGCAUGUGGAGUCGUUCCUAAGGACCGCAUCGCUGCUCUCCGUGGGUGUAUGGAGAAGAGCAGCCUGAGAAUGACAGGCGGAACCCGGGAGGCGCCGGUGAACAUCUCUCCGGCGGUGGCGGCCAACGCAGAAGGCGAGGAGAUCGAGGUUUUGGAAAGUACCGAAGUCAUCCCAGUGGCUCCAGAAGAAUAUGACCCCGAAAACUCAGGCUUCAUCAGUACAGAGCGGUUCAGGGACCUGCUGGCCACCCAUGGCUCUGAGCUCGACCCCCACAAACUGGAAGUCCUGUUGGCCCUUGCUGAUGGCAAUGCUGAUGGAAAGAUCUGUUAUCAGGACUUUGUCAACCUGAUGAGCAACAAGCGCUCCAACAGUUUCCGGAGGGCGAUUCUUCAGGGCAGCAGGCAGCUAAAAGGCUGCAGUCUCAGAGACGAGGCAGGCUUAGGACUGUCCCAGCGGUUGGUCCGCCACGUUGCCUAUGAGACGCUACCCCGUGAGGUCGACCGCAAGUGGUACUUUGACAGCUAUACCUACUGUCCCCCUCCCUGGUUCAUCCUGGCUAUCACCAUCGCAGAGGUAGCUGUGUUCAUGUACUAUGGGUGCCAGAUGGACCGCUUGGUCCUGCAAGUUUCCAGUCCAUCCUUCCUAAAAAGUCCCCUACCUUACCAUCCUCAGCUACGAGCCCAGGCCUGGAGGUAUCUCAGCUACAUUUUCAUGCACACUGGGAUUGAACACCUGAGCCUGAACAUGGCCAUGCAGCUGCUGGUGGGCGUCCCUCUAGAAAUGGUCCACGGUGCCCUGAGAAUUGGACUGGUCUAUGUGUGUGGUGUGUUAGCAGGGUCUCUGGCCGUGUCUGUCACGGAUAUGACGGCUCCGGUGGUUGGCUCGUCUGGGGGAGUCUACGCCCUGGUCUCUGCACAUUUAGCCAAUGUAGUAAUGAAUUGGUCAGGAAUGAAGUGUCAGUUUAAGUUAUUUCGGAUGGCCAUGGCUCUGGUUUGCAUGAGUGUAGAGUUUGGUCGAGCAGUAUGGCUCCGGUUCUACCCUCCGGCCUUUCCUCCAUGCCCGAAUCCCAGCUUUGUAGCUCACCUGGGAGGAGUGGUGGUCGGCCUGACGCUUGGUGUGGUUGUUCUGCAGAACUAUGAGCAGCGGCUCCAGGAGCAGUCCCUGUUUUGGAUAUUUUUCUGUGUCUACACCUUGUUUGUGCUCUGCGCUGUUUUCUGGAACAUUUUUGCCUACAGCCUGCUUGAUGUGCGCCUGCCCCCACCACCAUGAGUUGCUUAUUAGAGGCACAGAAGACACUGUAUCCCUUUUAUUCCUGGCUGGAUAAGUCACCCGGGCCUUCACUAACCGAGCCUCAUCUUGAGCCAGUCAGAGUUGUCUGACAACCGCUUUACUCAUACAUCCAGUGCUCCGAUGCAAUGAUACUUGGCAUGCAGAAGCCCUCUGUGUUACAGUAAACUUUUUUGGACACGUGUGCUACGUUUUCUGGUUAAGCCUUACAUUGGCUCACACUCACCAUACAAGCUAAUCUCCACUCGUUCUUUGUCUCCAUGUCUGCUGGAUGUUGGUGUCAAGAGUAUCAACCAGUGGGACAGAAGGCAGAAGAAGAGCUGUCUGCAUGGCCUGACCUUCUCUGCCUCUUUUCCCUCGAUCCAAUGGUGCCUAUUCAUGGAGACAUCAGCCUGAUGAAAGUAUUUCUGCACAAUUGCCUGUAGUGUAGGGUGACAGCAGUAAAAUCCUACAACCAUUUUCUGAAGGGAGACGUCUCUGAAACUCCUCUAAAUGAAGGAGAGUAUAUCAGAACUUAGUCUAAGCUGGUGUUUUGUCAUAAUUACAAGCACCCCAUGAGCAUGAGAGGAUAUAACAGGCAACAGGAUAGUCAAUCUUCCCCAAGUUUCACAGGAAACGGAGGAGUGUGUAGGCACAGUUUACCUUCAGAGGUUAUUAUGAAUUUACCGUUUGAAGGAGACUGUGAGUUCAGGGUUCAGUCAAUUUGUGUUCGGCACAAUUUCAACCUCAAACUUGUGUCUUUCGUGUGAGUGCAACAAAUGUAUCAUUGUGUGUGCGAAAAGAAAAGAAGCGGAAGUGCCAUUCAGGCUUUUUGCUUAAAAAAAUAUGCCAAAACAUUGUUAAUAGCAGCAAGAGCACAGCCCGUAACAAGUGUUGCUUUUUUUGACGUGAAAUAGGUCUAAUUUUUUCAGUUGAAUGCUAUAUUUUCUCUAACAAAUGUUUUACUGACACCAAGAAGAGUAAAGUUAUUUUCAUUUUAAGUAGUUUUUGCAAAGGUGAAAAUAAAAAUCUGC